GUCAGAGAAAAUAUGUUCAUGAUAUUUAAAUAUGGAAAUUGAUACUUCCUUUGGGUCAACUGCGGCAAUAUUAGGUUGUUUGUUGCUGCUAAAAAUGUCGCGUGAGGUAAAAAGCGGCGGAGAGACGACGUAAUCGUUUUCUUACCAUGAGCUAGCAGCGGGUGUUUUGAUGUGUGCGGGCGGGAAAGGACGACAAGUCAAUAUUUGUUUUUAAUAUUACGACGAAUCUGAAAAGUCAUGUUGAACUCAGCGGCAUCAGCUCUUGUUAACAUAGACCCAGCUGGGACAACCAGAGAUGAAACAAUUGGCCGAAAUUUAGCAAGCGAGUACAGCAAUAUUCACGGAAAAUCUGAAAGCGUAAGAGAGCAACUUCAGUCUUUGAAUAUGGUCAACAGAGAGGAUAUGAACGACAGGGUAAAAAUGGGCAGUCAAUCUAAGACGAAAGAAGAUGGAUCUGCUAAGCGUUCUCAACCUGUAGGAAAUGUCACACAACGGAAGGAGACAAGUCCAGGGACAGAGAAGAACAAGAGAAUUCUUCCGAUGACACCAGGAACUACAAGUACAGCAAGUAGUACUGCGAUGACCCCCAAGUCACUCUAUUCAACGCCAAGUCAGCUGGCCCCCUCGACAGUAUCUUCGUCUGAAAAAACAAUCUCAAAGCGCUCAAGUACUUCUUCCUUGAGCAGCGCUAGUAACACAUCGUCUGUAUCAUCCGAGGGGCCCGAAGACGAACUUCGCUUAACUGACACGAAGCAAACUCACAUAGUUGUGUACAAGUUCGUUGCAAGACAUGAUGAUGAAAUUAAUUUAGAAAUUGGCGAUGCAGUUCAUGUGGACAAGAAGUGCGAAGAUUUGUGGUUUGAAGGGAUUAACCUACGAACUGGCAAGGCUGGGAUAUUUCCCUCACGUUAUGUUUCUGAUAUUCUACAGCAGACUUCUAUUCAAGGCAAGCAUUGAUGUCUCUUCAGUCACGGUGUUUCCGACUUUAAAUCCUCUUAUUUCACCCUUUUAUUUUUGUUCAAUUAUUUAACAUAGUUGUUCCAAGAUGUGGUUGGGGGGUGGGGGGUGUGGUUGGGUAGUUGGGAGAGGAGGUAGGUAACAAUCAUGAAAACACAAACACUGAGUGCAAAUUUCACCACAAAAAUGGCCUUCCUUUUCCUCUUCUUGGGUUCUCGUUGUGGGGUCAUUGUGUCAUGUGAAAAGAAAAUGUAGUGCAACCUGUAUAAGCACGAGGUGAUCAUAAUAGAGAGAAGAAGUUGGUACAUCACAUUGCAACACAUUUUCUGGAUUACAACAAACUGUAAAGCCGUAGCCUGUGUACAGACGUCCCCACUCCCUCAGGAAAAAUUGGGAGAGGAUACGCCUGUGAAUCGCCGUCUUUAAUCGUGUUCCGGUAGACAUUUGCGUAAGUUAUUUUCUUGCUCUUUCGCUGACAGUUGAAAAGCCACAGGUAGGUUGACAAAUAGCUCUGGCGUCUGUGCACAGGCUAGCCAAACAUCUUCACGCAAUGUCCACCCAAAAAUCCAGAUAUAAGAUCUCUGAUUACAGUCAAGCCAGGUCAAGUGUACCUCCCAAGAUCCAUUAAUGUAUUUAUUAUUCGAAAUUAAGUUAAACCGUUGGUAGUUGUAGAUUUCAGAUUCAUCUCUGUGUGCAUUUUUGCAUGUGUAAUGAGCCGUGAAUUCACACGCGAUUUAGUUACGAAAUUUCUACGAGCUCAGUUUCCCUGAAUUUGGUGUAAAUGUCUUCUCAAAGACAUCUCCAUCAGUCUUACAUUAAAUCCAUUAAGACAUUAAUUUUAAUCCAUUCAAAGAUUUUCAAUCCGACCAAAUUCAGAGAAGUUCUCUUAAAAUAUUCACUGCUCAUUGCGCAUAAAGGAAUGCCAAUUUAAAUUUGACACCAGUUACGGGAACAACAAACGCAUUCAUUUUUCAAAUAAUCAAUUCAUUAAUAGAAUCUUUUUGGGGUAAGCUUGACCUGCCUUGGCUGUUAAAGUUCGAUUUUGUAUGCCUUCUCUUUUAUUUACAAUACCGACCGGUACAGACAGACACAUCCGCAACUGGUCCAGCAAACAUCGGUGGUCUUAACUUCUCAUGCCUUUUCGAGAGAGCCGAAAUACAAAUUCCGGUAAACAAAUAUGAAUGAUCAUAAAGGCUGAGCUUUUCCCUGGGGAAUCUAUUCUGAGGUUCAUUCACCAAUCACAACACCGGAAAUUAUUUGUGUUAUGGUAUUAACAUUACAACCAAUCAGAGGCUGUCCCCCACAUUCGGGAGAAACAGGAACACAAAAUAUCAUCAGCAAUUCACAGACGUCUCCUCUCCUGAUUUUUCCUGAGGGAGUGGGGAUGUAUGUACACAGGCUAAAGCCGCAAAUGUGGUUGCCGUGCCGAUCAGUGAAGAGCCAAAAUUGACCUUUUUACCGAUACAGCGGCCAUAUUGAAUUAAUUCGAUUUAGGGAGUAUUAUAGGAUGCCCAGGGGGCAUGAGCACAUUUCGUUUGUAUUUUCGAGCGCUUUUCAGGACAUUUUUUCUUAAAGUUUUCUUAGGAUAAGAUUGUAAUGGAAAAAAAGACUUUGUGCCAUGUUUGGAUGUAAAAAUGAUUGCCUUUUUUCCGAGGAAUGUGCAGUGAAAGAUUAUAUUUCUAAUACUAAACUAGAAAAAGGGGAUCAUUAUUACAUCCAAACAUGGCACAAGGAUCUUUUUUCCCAUUACAAUCUAUUCUAAGAAAAAAUGUCGCGAAAAGUGCUCGAAAAUACAAACAAAAUGUGCUCCUGCCCCCUGGGCAUCCUAUAAUACUCCUUAAAUCGAAUUAAUUCAAUACGGCCGCCGUAUCAGUAAAAAGGUCUAUUGAUUAACUGGGGAAAGAACUGCGACAAUUCUAAACAUACAUUUGAAUAUUUCUAAUUCAGAGUUAAAUAUGUUGCUAUGGCAAUGGCAACAAGAAUGUUAAAAAAACUGUAGGUUAAGAUUGGCAAAACAACAUCUUUACACCUGCGGCACACUUUGUUGUACAUUUCUUUGCUGUCACUGCACGACUACGACAUGAAUUGCCUAAUUUCAUGUUUUAUCAUCCAUGUUUACAUACAACAAUAAAUUUCUCUUUCUUCCCUUAUAGUAUUUAAUAGACAAAGUGUGAGAAUUGAGAUAAUCACGCUGAAUUUUCAAAGAAUGCGAAGUGGCUUUUUGGGUGACAUUUUCGCUGCUGUGGUCUUCAUGGUAUUUUUUGUUGAGAUCCAGAAAUUUUGCCACCAUGGUAACAUGAUGUCACACUUCUCCUCGCUAUUAUGCCUGGUCAAUAAAAACAUUGGUUCCAGCUUCACUCAUGUGAAGGUGCCUCUCCACAAUUUUGAUACAAACAAAUUCAAGUUUUAAGAACAAUUUUUGCCCCAAGGUUUUAUUAAACCGAAAAAUUUAACAGAGUUCUACAAACUGUAGAGAACUAGGGUUUCAAAAGUGACUGCUUGACCCUUUAAGCCCUAAGAGUGAUCAGAAUCAAAUUCUCCUUGUAAUACCAAUGCUUUGUUAAGCAGAGUGGUUAUGAGAAGUACAGAUGUGAUCACACAAGAUAAUUUGAUAUUUUAUCAACUUCUCCCCAGUACUUCUGUAGGAAAUAAACAGGGGCAACAAAUGAGAAUUCAAAUUUUGAUCUCAGGGUUUAAAGGGUUAAUUGGCAUAUAAAACUGCAAAUAUCCAUAUACAGUGGGUACUGAUGAAAAUAGUUGCUGGAGAAAAUCUUUUAUUUGUAAACCUUUUCAUCCCAAUAACAGGGUGUUCAUGAGGCAUCAGCAAUCGAAGAAUUCUCUGUUUACUUAUACGCAUAAUUCUCUGGCAAAUGUCCGGUAGCCUGUGACUAUUUUACAUUUAGACGUGGAGCCUUUUACAAAAUAUUCUCCUGUAACGUUACACCUUUCUCCCGCUACUAUUAUUCUUAAUGAAAACCUUGCAAUAAUAAUAAUAGUUCCAGGUAAUUCAUAAUAAUUGCAGACCUACGGAAGUCCCCUGUGCAUUUUUAGAUCAAAAUUGAGACUGUCAGGUCUAUUAGACACCCUGACAUUUCAAUUUGGCUGGAGAAUGGGAUCCCCCUCUUACCUGGCGGUCGAUUCUCCACUGCUCUGUGGUACAGAAUCCAGAUUGAUAUCUAUCAUUAUCCAGUGUGCUUUAUGAAUCCCCUGUCUAUAUGCCACAGUUAAUAUUUGGACAGCUAACGAUAUGUUCCAUGUGCAUCUCUUUUUAAAUAUAGAUAAUUCAAAUGGAGCACAAGUAAACCAGUUCAGUGUCAGGUAAAAGACGUGAUAACAUUUUUAAAAAUAAAAUUACAUUAAUCAGCUGUUUUGCAACAUUGUGGCCAAUAUCAGUCAUAUCAUUUUUAUAAUAUCUGGAUAUUCCAUCAUGAAGGUGAUCCUUACCACUGAUAUUGGUCAUUAAAAGUUUUUUUAGGCAAGAGGAGGUUAUUGUUUAGUUAAAUGGGACAAGAAAGAAAAAUUAUUUUACAAAAACAAUUACAUAACAGUGUAUCAUACACAACAACACAUGUAAAAUAAUUUACAGGUAGAGAUCAUGAUUAGUGGAUAAGUGAAAUUAGUUUAAGCUCAAUAAUUAUGGCUUUUAACUCCAUGUUAUUGUAGGUUUCUUGGGUCAGUGGAGGUGAAUGGAUUUAAAGGAAAUGAGAUCAUAUGUGAUGCUAUGAGACAGGUACUUGAUUCUUGUAAUUUAUUUACAACUUUUUUAGAAGGAAUUUUGUACCGAAAGUCAGAUGAUACAAAGGGAGCAUGUAAAAUACCCUCUCUCUUUGAGUUUCUAGCAGUGUAGAGAAUUAUUCAGUCUAGAAGUUAGCCUGUUCCAGGUCCCAGUUGUUUGAAAAUAGUGGAUAACACUAUUAUUAUCCAGUAAAUAAUAAAAUUGAUUUCCCUAGUAUUAAUUUUAUCUGCAGGAUAGUGAUUUAUGUGGUGUAUAGUGCUCUCCAAGAUUUAAACAACCAGAGCUAGGUGUUCAGAAAGCGGAGUAUAGAAAAAAUAAAGCAAGUGAAAAAAAGAGGGGGAUUGGGGAGUAGUGGCAAAGGAAAGGUUCCUUUGCUGCCUUCCCCAGUCUCCUCUCAUCUUUUGUUGUUAUUGUUGUUGUUGUUGUUUUUUUUUUUUUUUUUUUUCAGUUGGGGGGGGAAGGUGGGCUUGCUUUAUGAGUUGCCUGCACUCCACUAUCUGAAUGCCUAGAACAGGCUUUCAGGAAGAAGAAACUACGUGUUAAUAAAUUGUAAGUCACCGGUACCAAUCUUAAUUCAAAAAAGCAAGGCUGACCAAAUUUGCUCAUAAAUUGAAAUAACCUUGCUUUUUAUAGAUUGUGAAGCAGCAUCAACUGACUUCAACAGCCAGACCACCUGCUUGUAUACUGGAUGUAACUGAAAGAGGAAUUAGGAUCACUGAACACCCUGUGGCAGGGCAGAGAAGGGUAAUGGAAUCAAGCAUGACUGUAUAAAUUCUUAGUAUUAGACAUUCUUCUCCUUCUUGCCUUUAUUUUUUCCCCUCCCAAAUUAAGUGGCCAAAUUCAAAUUUUGACAAAAUUUCCAAAUUCCAUUUUCUAAAAUGCUUAACAGUGAAAGUUCUACCAAAGAUGUUUCAUCGGAGGGGGGGUUCUCUGGCACAGUUUACGGACCAUAAAACAACUAAUCACUAAUCACAGAUAACAAACUUUCAUUUCAGUUUUUGUGUCACAUAAUCAGCAUGUAAGGUAAAGUUUUUUAUCUUAACUCUAAUUAGGUAAAGAAAAAAGUGGCAAAAGAGUGUCUAAAAAAAAACAACUUGAAAGUGGCAAAAAGGAAAAGCAAGACUGCAAAUAGCAACUUACAAGAAUUCAUCAUUCUCAUUUGUUGCUUUAUUUAUCUCCCGGAAGUCUCAAAACUGAAAAUCAGGGAAAAAUAAGUAAUAAAAGUUUUUCUUGGGACUCAGACAACCUUUGGGUCAAGGGUUCACAAAGAAUAAUUUAUUGAAUUCACAAUUCACAAAAAAUAAAAUCAAGUAAUUACGUAUCACGAAAAUAUACCUGUACAGAUGUACGACCCAGUUCUAAUUUGAUUGGUCACACCAUAGGAUUUUGACCACAGAGUCAAAAGUUAGAACUACAUAACUAUCCUCCAUCUUUCACUCCAGGAAUGAAAAGGUAGCUAAAGGUUAAUUAUCCGGAUUAAUUUUAAUAUUAUUUUAUCAAUAAUUUUUUCGAACCUCCCCACAACGGCCCAAAAAGUUCCCAUUCAUGAGAGCUUCGCUUUUGACCAACAGCUAAGUCUAUAAUUUUAUUAGCUGAGUUUUGCCACACACCAGCUCAAUAUAUACGACAUGCAUUUAGCUUUGGAUUGAGAUGGAGUUUCUCCUUCUUGUCAAUUAUUGUUUCAGGAUUCAGCAUCCAGCAAAAAAUCAAGAAAAGGCAAAUUAGGAAAAAUAUUUGAGAAAGAGUCAAAGGUUUGUAAUUAAUUACUCCACAUAACCUUGACAUUGUUUUAUUUAGUUAUGGCCACGCACAUUCUCAGUUAAAUGUUUUAAUUUGCCUUAGUUUUAAUUGGCUGGUUCUUCAGGCAUGUAACUGAGUUGUCUCUGGAACUUAACAAUAGAAUGCCUGGGAUUUCUUAGUCUUCAUUCCCCAUCAUUUUUAAGGUAGCAAGUCUUGAACAAAGAUUUUUUCUGCCUUUUCAUUUUUCUUUCCAUCAGGUCAUCCUUAUUUUUCCCCGUUUAGCGUUGUUCGACUUUCCCAAAUUUUUCGCAUUUUUCAAAAAAACUUCUUUGACGUCAACCAAGUUGGGUGAUGUUUGCUGGCUCCUUGGCAUUGAGGCGGCAUUGACUCCUGCUGUAAUCCUUUCGAUUUUUUCUACCUUUUUUUCUCUUCAUCUGACCGACGGAUCCCAGAUCAGGAAACACAUUCGACGCUAAACUAAAAAAGGAAGCAUGGCCUAUGGUGGGAGGGGAUAGGAACGACUCAAUUUCACGAAAAUGUGGGGGAUUUCUCGUGACAAUGCCGCUUUUACCUUCGCCGGCUGCUCUUAAUUCUAGCUCAGUAACUCCAGACGUACUUAACUAUGUAUUGAUAGUAUAUCCCCUAAUUGCCCACUACGUCUUUCAUUCAUUCUAGGAACCACCAAAAUCACACUACUUUGCGCUGAAGAAUGUUACGUUUUGUGGUUGUCAUCCCCAUAAUGCAAGGUAAUUAGUUUUAAACAUUUUUAAUGUACACACAGACUUGUAGAAGCGUCUAAUCUAAACAGCUUUUGUCAUCGUGUCUUUUUAAGACAACCUAAUCGAGAUAGUAUGAUGCAUAAAAGUUUCUUCCAGAAGGGUGAUUACGUUUAUCAGAACAAAAUAUUUAGUUUUAAAACUACCGCAAUAAAAAAACCUGCAUCAGCAUGACCUCAGUUGAGCACUUUUGUUUGCUUGGUUACUGAAAUUUUCCUUUGUUCCGCCGGCAAUUUCCCACAAGCCUGCUAGAAAGCUUUCCUUUUCGAGUGGUAAGCGAAGCAAGCCUGUGGGGAACACGCGAUGUGAGCGGCGUGGCUUUCGCGUGCCGCUCACGCGUGACUUCUCGCGACUACCCCAAAUGGGAGAUUGUUAGCGGGCUAAUUUGUCUCCUUUUCAUCGAUCUUUACAAUCUUUUUCGGAUGUUUCCAGAUUUUUCGCUUUUAUUACAAAACAUCCUGAGGAUCAUCGAUUUGCAUGUCACGUGUUCAUGUCGGAGUUCUCCACUGAGCCAGUCGCUAGUGCUAUUGGGUAAGUGAAUAUUUUCAAUACUUAUAAUAACGAAACUUUGCCAAUAUUUCUGCACGGUGUGAAGUCACCUGCCGAUUCGAAUUCACCCCAGUAACUGUGGUAAUAUAACUACCAAAUCGUGGUUUGAAAUGAUGUGACAAAGGACGAUGUCCAUCAUUUAAAAGGAAAUUGAAAAUUAAGGCAAUUGAGUCGCUUCAUUGAUAAUGGCGAUAAUGAAGUGAUUAUGGUACUGAAGAUCAUGACUAUGAUGGCAAUUUUGAUCAUGAUGAUGAUGAUGAUGAUGAUGACCAUGAUUAUCACCGUGAGUCAAAGUAUUAAUACUAUUAACUGUCUAGGCUACGAAUCAGACGGUCAAAUCACUUGAAACCAAGGUUUGGUCACUGGUACCUCGCUUUUCUACCGAUGCAAUGCAUUAUCUUUUAGAAAGUAAUUACCUCUUUUUUGGUUCUUAUUGAUUUCUUAUUGUAUGAUUCAUCCUGUUGUGUCAUAGGCGCGCUUUCAAGAAGUUUUACGCUGAUUUUCUCGACUAUCAAGCUCCUGUAGAGGACUUCUACAUUGAAUGACAACUCGUCUUACUUGUAAUAACAUAGCUAGGAAGCUGACAAGAUAGAGAAACUUAAAUUGAAGUGGAAAGUAAUAUUGCGGAUUCUUAAUUUUGCAUUUCUAUGCUCUCUGAUUGACUGAAACUUGUCGUCCUUAUCUUGACAAAUCAGAAGUUAAACAGAUACCAAUUG